AUGUUAGACCUUGUUCUCAGUGACUCUGCAUGGAGCCCAGAGUUCAUCCAGGAGCUUCUUCCAGCAGCUGAGCGUGUAGCUCUGCUCUAUCAUCUCUCUUACCUGUGUCUGGGUAAGUUCCCAAAACUGGAGCGAAUCCUCAGAGAGCGAGCUGUAGAAACCCAACUUCUCUUUGGAUCAUCUGAGGCUGUUCUGCUGAAGUGUGUAGGAACCAGUGAUAACCUUGUGAAAUCACUGCUCCCCUGUCUGAAGGUGGCAGUGGAGAAGAACAAACCACAAUUAGCACUGAAAUUCCUUGAAAAAGCUAAAGAAUGGAUCCGUGACAUCAUAAGUGAUGUUAAAGAAAUUGUAACGAGGUACAAUCUACAUAACAAUCAAGUUGCCUCAUCGACCAGUGACAUCAUCACUGAAAAGGAGGAGACAAAGAAAAAGCAGCAGCAGUUAACCAAGGAGAUGGAGGCAAUUCAGAAGAUCGUGGACGAGCUGGACAAAAACCUUCAUAACAUCACUGAAGAGAUCGAAAAAUCUGAGGAAGAGAUUGAGAAGAAGAAUUCAGAGAUACAAAAGUUUAUCAGCAGCAUCACCAGUGCCAAGGAAAAGAGCACGAUCAGCACACCUGCACUGACACCUGCCGCCGCCAUGGGACAAAGUGUUGCCAUAUUUUCUAUGAUUGUGCCAUUUGUGGAAAAUAUUAUUGGUUUCGUUUGCAAGAUGGUUACUGACACUGCUCAUGCAGCCACGAUCAAAACUCUUGAUGGUGAACUGUCUCAACUGAGCUGUGAAAAACAACGUCUGAAAGAAAAAGAGUGGGACAUUCAAAAUAAACUGAUGGACAACCAACUGAACUUGGCCAAAUUACAUAUCGAAAAUGGUCAAAUGCCGAGUGUUUCUCACCUUGAUGAGGUCCAGAAGUGCCUGUCUGGAAUUCAAAAACUUCUCAUCCAGCUUCAAAAGUUCUGGGAAAAAGUGGGUUCUCUGCUGGACCACCUGAAACAGAAGACCUUUGCUGGGGAGGACAUGAUUGAGUACCUUGACGAUCUGAAACAUGAGUUUCUGGAGUCGAUUGACGCAGCUAAAGAGGGCUGGACAAAGUUUGGCUCCAACUGUAUGAAAGCGAACAGCAUCUUCAGCAUUCAGGCAAAUGAGGCCUACAAGUUCCUGGAGAUCAGUCCGUCCUCACUUUCAAAAGAAAAGUGGGAACAAGAGUACGCCAGUGUGAUAAAGAAACUAGAGAAUAUAAGACCCACUGGUCCUUCUCAAAAAGCCAUUAUGCAGUAA